UAGUUCUUUCUCCCAAUUCGGUGCUUAUCUUUUACAUUUAGUGAUUUUGUUAUUUUUCAGUGUAGACAUUCAGGGUUACUUUCUAUUAUUUGUAAUUUACCCUUUAUAUAAAUGAAAAUUUCUGAAUUUUGAGGAUUUAAUGUGGAAAUGCAAGAUUUAACUGCAUUCCAAUGGCAAAAAGAAACGACGAACCUAGUAAACCGUCAGGAAGUUGCCUUAAAAUUGAUAAGCUUUGUACUCCGUGCAACGACAAAAGAGUACCGGCUGAUCGGUUUUGCAUAGAGUGUGGGGCGUUUUUGUGUAUGCAUUGUUCUCAGAAUUUCCAUGCUGCAAUCCCUGCCCUUGCAAAACAUGUUAUACUGAAAGAUGAUGAAAUCGAUGUCUGGGGACAAUUGCAGUACAAAUGUGAAACUCACGACCAAAUGUUUACGUUCUUCUGCAAAGGACACGACGUUCUGUGCUGUGCAGUGUGUAUUCAGUUGAAACACAGUUUAUGCAGGCAAAAAGAAUAUAUACAAACUGCAGCAGAGGGGAUAUGUAACGCCCAAGGACUAGCGCAGCUCCAGGCCGAAACCAAAGGUAUUCUAGACAAAAUAUCAGAAUGUACAAAGAAGUUUCAGUUGAAAUCCAAGGCAAAUUUAGAAUCAAAAAACAAAGUCAUGGAGAGUAUCAGACAAAAUCGACAAAAAAUCAAUGCACUUUUUGAUGUUCUUGACCAAAAUGCUCUGAAACAAAUGGAGGCUAAAUUUGAUUCAAACAAGGCUUACAUAAAUGAAUCAUUGGACAAAUUAAACAGUUAUAGUAAUAAGAGUAAACUCUUGAAUCAGCAAGUAAACUCUGCAUGUGAAGACAAAAAUUGCCUUGUUUACAUUUGUCUUAAUGAAGGGAAUAAGCUUGUCAAAAAUAUCAAGCAGAAUAUAAGUGGUAUGGAUUCUACAACCGCAAAAGAUAACUUCAUGUUUGCUGUAGACGAAAAGAUUGAGUAUUUUGUGAAAACUCGCAAAGAAACUGGCCACGUUGAAGAUGACCACAGUCGUUCAAGUGAUAAAUGUGGAGCAAAACGACAAGUCAUCCCACAGGAUAAAGGAGAUCUGAUUUGUCAUCUAGAGGAAAACAAGAAACUCCUAGAAAAAUAUGUAGCGGAGAUGAAAAAUAAUAUAAAAGAGAAAGAUCGUAACAUUAGCGCAUUGGAAGACAAAGUCAGGGAUAUUUCCAGACAAAAUGACGAUUUAAAGAAAGCUAGAGAUGACCUUGAAACACGAGUACAAGAUUUAGAAACGAAGAUUAAGACACAACAAGAACACAUAUUAAAGACGGAGGAGACUUGUAAAACCUUAGCUCACGGAAAAGAUUUAGAGGUUGCGCUUCCAACACUUUGUAAAGAGCUAUCUGUUUUAGAAGGAAGUAAACUACGUGAUCUAUACAAUUCUAUCAAAGAAGAUGUUGCUCGAUUGACCAUACGGAACCCGACAGUUCAGGUCUAUGGUAUCGGCGAUAUCAAAGAUGAGGUGCAAAUGACAAUGAGCCUUUUAGUGUCUCAUUUCUCCUAUUUUGGCAUGGUUCUGCAAACAAAAGAAAUCACAGACCCACAGUGCAUCCUCCCCAAUGUGCCUUUGUUGGUCAUUGGCUGGGAUGAAGCAAACCCUAGAGCUGCACUUGGAAGAUUAUCAUUUGCACAAGCUAUUGCAAUAAUCGUACUAUCAAAACCACCCAAACCGUUUAAUGUCUGCAGCCUUCGCACUGAACAUCUUGGUCCCAAAAAUGUCCUGAAGUAUCUUAAAGAUGUGUAUCAAUGUGAAAUGGUAUGCGCUGUUUCUGUAAAAGGAUCGAUCUUGGCAAACGACGUAGAGGCAGUUCACAAAAUUAUUAGGUUCAUUCGGACUGCGUUAAGAGCACAGUAACGUUGUGUGGAUGACAACGAUGCAGCAGCUGAAGAAAACUUACUUGAUUCACUAAAUCUCAGAAAAUAAUGUAUUGUGCUGUAUCAAUAAGAUGCAGAAGCUGAAAAGACACUGAUGACUGGCAAAAAUUUGAAAUUAUUGACAAUUAAACAAACGUUUAAAGUAAACAGUUGUGGAAUUGUAUAUACAGCAUCAUAUUGUUCAUAUAGUCCAGAAUGCCUACAUAUCUGCUACUUAUUUGUCAUUUUCUUUUGGAAAAAAUAAUUUAUUUGCCGAUAUAAUUAAGGAAAUUGACAAUGGAAUUGAUUGUACUUUAUAUGCUCAAAAUACGAAUAAAUAUUAUACAUCAUACAAAGGAGGAGAACUUGUUAAAUGCUGUAUUAACUGCUUAAAUACAUUGUAUUCACAAAAUUAAAAUAAUAUUCAAAAUUAACAAUCAAAAAUAGUUGCCAUAAUAAUAUGUCGCUUACAAUUUUUUAAAUAGGGAAACCGGCUAUUAGACAUUGUCGGUUUAUGU